AUGGCUACCAGAAGGGUUCGGAUCGUUUGUAUCUCAGACACGCACAAUCAGACCCCCAAGCUGCCGCCUGGCGACAUAUUGAUCCAUGCUGGCGACCUGACUAACCAAGGUGCAUUCUCUGAGCUCCAGAAGACCGUCGACUGGCUUCGAAGAAUGGACCAGUUCCAAAUCAAGGUUGUUGUUUGUGGAAAUCACGACAUCACCUGUGAUAUUCCAUUCUAUCAGCAGUACGGAGCUUACUACCACAACCGAACGAAGCAAGACCCUGAGCGUUGCAUUGCCUUAUUUCACUCGGACCCUUCCAUUGUCUACUUGAACCAUGAGGCACGAAUUGUCAGAGUCAACUUCGCAGACGGCUCAUAUUCGACCCUCAAGAUCUUCGGUUCGCCAUAUUCGCCCACGCGACGGCUCUGGGCUUUUGGCUACGAACCGGAGAAUGCUUUUCAGCUGUGGAAGCAGAUACCGUUGGACGCGGAUAUCGUGGUCACCCACACACCAGCGAAGUUCCAUCGAGAUGAAUCCCAUUCGCACGGCGCCGCAGGAUGUGAGACCCUCCGUGAGAUGCUGUGGAGGGUCCGUCCUCGACUGUUCGUUUGUGGACAUAUCCAUGAAGGAUAUGGAGUGGAGGUCGUCACAUGGGAUCUGUCCUGUCCCAAUGUCAAAUUCAAAGAAAGAAGCGUGCGAAACGUGCAUGACCCCCGCCCAGAAAGCAAGAAGCAGUUCACUGUCGACUUGUCAGCUAGAGCCAGGUCAGGGACAUUGCAGAACGAUGGAAGCCCAGGCAAUCUACUUGUCACCAAACAACUUGUCAAGCUUCGAGGUAUCGAAGUCGACGGUGCUGCAGACAACAGGGCAACAGUCGAAACAGACGAACAACUCCUACCUCCAGUUCCCUCGCCUCCACGACCACCGUUUCCCGACUUCGAAAAGGCAGAGCGACCUAUGUCCUUUAUAGCUGAAGAUACCAACGCUCAACGGCCUGCAACCCAUGGGCUGGGGGCUCUUGGCCUGAGCGGUCGGUCGGAUCAAGAAGCAAUAUCUGGGCGCGAAGGGAGAGCGGAAACUUGCAUCGUGAAUGCUGCUUUUAUGGCUUCGAAUUAUCCACAUCCAGGCGGCAAACAGUUUCACAAGCCGAUUGUCAUUGAUAUUGAUCUGCCAGUGGAGUAUCCUCAACCAUCUACAUCUGCCUAG